AUGGGCAUUCAUUGGAGAUCUCCAUUACCAAAACCAUGUGCACUCUUACUCUGCCAACUUUCUCAGGUAGAAGAACCUCAAAUUUUAUAUCAUGACCAAUCCUUCGACAUAAUAACAUUUUACUUUCCAUCUCACAACUUCACAAUCUAUGAGAUUUGGGCUCCACUUUUGGUACAAUAUGAAACUAUUGAUAACGCGGGUGAUUCCUCUCAAAAGUAUAUGAACCUUCAUCUUGACAUCCUGGAUAGCAAGUGGACCAGAUUCUAUAACCAAUAUGACUAUAUGGUGCUCUCGGGCAGCCCGUGGUUCUACAAACCAAGCAUUAUAUUUGAGAAAAGUGAAGUCAUUGGUUGCCAUUACUGUCCUGGCUUGGAACUAAAAGAAUAUGGGGCUGCUAGGGCUUAUCGGAAGGCACUUCAAUUGACUCUCAACUUCAUUGCUGCAUCUGAACACAAGCCCUUUGUCAUUGUUAGAACAUGGCCACCAAGCCACUAUGAAGCUGGAGACUCACCUACUGAAAGAGUUUGCAAUAGGACUAAGCCAUUCAGAGAAGGGGAAAUAAGUGGUGCUCCUGCAGACCUUAACAUGAGGGAAGUUGAAAUUGAGGAGUAUGAGAAGGCUGCACCCAUUGGAGCAAGGAAUGGGGUGAGAAUCGAGCUUCUUGAUUUUUACCAUCCUUUCCUCUUGCGACCUGAUGGGCAUCCAGGUCCUUACGGUACUUACCAUCCAUUUGAUGGUGGUAAAAAGCAGAAUGAUGAAAACGACUGCAUUCAUUGGUGCUUGCCAGGUCCUAUUGACAAUGUGAAUGACAUGCUAAUGAAGAUGGUCAUCAAUGGAGAUAUUCAUGACUCCGCUUCUGCUAUGCUCUAGAUUAAUGCAGGACCCUCCCGGCGGUAAUUUAAUUUUCAGUGUCUGGAUAAAUGCUGCAUAUGCUCAAGAUUCUGUUUCCGUUGGGUUUCUGUUCUGAUGCUCAUUAAGACUAUAUAACUCCAAGGACCUAUAAUGCUCCAUUACGAGAGAAACACUUCUCUCUCAUACUCAUUUAUGUAUGACAGUCUUCAUUCAUAUAUAUAUAUAUAUAUAGCUACAUGAUCCAAGAAUAAAGAAGGCCCAGAAUCAAGUGCUUUAUAUGGA